AUGGACGGCACCUGGAAGGCGCGACUGCAGCACCCGCUGACUUGGACCUUUGCAGAGGCAUCUGUCUCCAACGUGCCCUCGAGGUCAGACAGCGGGAUGGCAGGCAGAGUUCUCAGCCUGUUCAGGAUGCUUCGGGGGAAGAAAAAGAAUGGCGCUGCAGCUGCCCCAGUGCAGCAGCCUGCAGAGCCAGAGCAGUUGCAACCACUGCAGGACGAUGCAGGAAAGGAUGGGACACGAGAACAGGAUCCCACCCGCGGACACUUCCGCAGAGCAGCGCAGGCACUGCGGAGGUUCCUGCGUGUUCGGCGCAGAAAGACCAGAGCCACUGCCACCGAGGGCACGGCCGAGCCCGGCUCCAGGCCCAGUGAGCUGCGGGCACGGCCUGGUGCCAGCGCGGCGUCCUCUGAGCAUGCGGCAACCUCGGUCAGGGCAACAGCUGCGGGCCAGGCGAAGGCUGUCAUGGCCCCAACUGAGGGCACGGCCAGCACAAACAGCAACAGAAGGACACCAAGGACUCGGGCCAUCUCAAAGACGAACAGCACGCCCACUUGGACUGGGAUUCCUGCUCCCAUUCCGGAUAUUUUUUCAUCUCAGCAGCAGGUGGCAGCCAGGGUGGGGGACAUUCACCAGAGACUCGUGUCCCGUGUCACUGCGGACACGGGGCUGGAAACAGACUUUCUGAGCCUGGCUGAAGAACACCCUGCUAAUGUGGUGAUGAGCCUCCUGCGCUGUGCCCCAUCCUGUGACAGAGCUGCUGUACUGAUGUGGAGAAGCAUCGGCACGUCAAGACCCGCAGUGCAGAAGGUGCUUCCAGCACUGUUCUCUGUGAUAGAGGACAGGCCACUGUACAGCAUGUUCUUCUACAGUGGGGAUAAUGAGGCCGUCUUUGCCCUGGCUGCAACUGUGGUGCUGUGGAAUAUUGCCCACAUGCCCGAGUGGCACGACGCAGUAGUCCUUCAUUCGGCCCAGCUGUUUGUGGCUCUGCUCUUCCAAGUUUUCUCCACCACAGAGCAGAUACCAGAAGAGGUUGAGGACUUCUGGAGAGCGUGCCAGGAGGAACACCGCCUUCCCACCAAGCCUAACAGGUUUGCAGUGCAGGCCGUGAAGGCUCUGCUCUGCCAACUGGGCUUUGAGAACAAGCUGGUGGCUCUGGAGUGCAAGCAGGUCUGGGACACCCUGCUCUGUGCCGACACCCAGCACUAUGCAGUCGGUCUGCUGGCCAGGGAGAUGCGCCGUGGCUUGGUCCCCUUGUGUUCCCGCAUGGCCUUGCACCUGCUCAGCCUGCUCAUUGGGAAGCAGCCACGCUGGCAUCUGCCUGCCCUGGCGUUCUUGGUGGAGCUCCUGGAGUGUCUGGACUUGAGCCAACACGGUCACAGUGCCCUGUCGGUCGUAUCCAGGCACCUGCCCAGCGAGUGCAGGGACAGGCUGCGCCUGGAGCUCAGAGGCCUCGUGGUGCUCAGCAAGGAGCCCUCGCUGAGUGGAGGAAUACGUGGCCUGUAUCAACACCUGCUGGAGCAGCUGGCUGAUCCCGAUGCAGAGAUGGCCGGGAUGAUCCUCUCCGUGCUUACAUAUAUGCUCCAGAAGAAAGACCUCAAGAUACCCGGCAUCACCGCCCUGAAGCUGGCUGAACCACUCCUGCCACACUUUGAGAAUGAGAGCAGCCAUGUGCAGCUGCUCUCCAUUCAGCUCUUCAGCAAGGUGAUGGAGCUGGUAGUGGAAGAGGGCAAAAAGCCUUUGACAAGAAUUGUGAGCCGCAGCCUGCUUCCUCUCUUCUUCUGCUGGCACAAUGAGAACCGGCGUGUGGCCAAGGCCUCUUUGGAAACACUAUUUUGUGCGGCCCGGUUCCUGAGGAGGAGGGACAUGGAGGAGCUGCUGAGGAAGGAGCAGCGGAUGAAGUUUGCCGAGCACCUGGUAAGGAGAGCCUGGAAGUGCCAGCCGCGGGCUGGAGAAGCCCCCUGA